AAAAAUUUUAUCAGAAAGUGAUUAAUCUUUGUUAAAGCACAUACAUUAAAUUUGUACUGUUACUGGAAAAAUGAAAAAAAUUCUUAUAUUAAUUUUUUUAAUUACAUAUGAAAUCUAUGGUAUAUCAGGAUUUCCAGAUAGUAAAAUUGCAAAUUCAACUGAUCGUUCAAAUAGAAGACAUCAUUUUUCAUCAACAAUUUUAUUUCAUAAUGAUUCAUCUGAUGAGAUGUCAAUAAUUCAAUUAUGCAAUCCAAUAAAUAAAGAAGUGGAAAUAAUUUACAAAUUAGAAAUUCGUGGAAGUGUGAUAAAAUUAAGUGAUAUAAAAGAAGAGAAUUUAUGUAAGGGAAAAGUGGGAUAUUUAGAAAUAUUUGCAUUAAAUGAAAUUUUAAUAGAUAAAGAUUUAAUUCGUCAGGGACAAUUAUUACAAAUUGUUCUAUUAGCACCGAAAAUAAAAAUUUUAGGAAAAAGAAAAAUAAAUUUAAAUGGAACGCCAGGUGAAGAAUUAAUAUCAUCAUUGAAUGGACAUAUGGGAAUAAAUGGAAAUGAUGGAUUAGCGGGCAAUACAGGUGGUUCUGGUGGGAUAUUUUUUGCAAUUGCAAAUAAAAUUGAAAAUAGAAAUAAUCUUACUAUUAUGGCUAAUGGAGGAAAUGGUGGUAAUGGACAGAAUGGUGGAAAUGGUGGCAAUGGAAUUGAAGGACAAGGACCAAAUGUCAAAUCAAUGGAUUAUUUAUUAAAUAUUUUAACAAAAAAUUGGUGGGGUUGUAAUAAAAAUAUUAAAAAAUGCAUUGUCAAAGGUCAAACGGGCACUAAAGGUGGUGAUGGUGGAGACGGUGGUGUUGGUGGAAAUGGAGGAAAAGGUGGAAAAAUAAUUUUAUAUCAAUUAAAUGAAAAUAAUGCAAAAAAGGAGAAACAAUUUAUUGUCGAUGGAGAAAAAGGUUUAUCAGGAAAGGGCGGUAUAGGUGGAAAAGGUGGUAAACAUGGUGGUUAUAUAGAAAUGAAAUGCUGUCAAGAAAUUGAAAAAUUGGAUAAAGAAAAAAUUUAUACCAUUAAAAAUGUUGAUGAUUUUGCUCCAUCUGGUAAAAAUGGUACCGAUGGUAUUAAUUUUAAUUCAUUAAUUGAAUCCAAAGAAUUUAAAGGUUAUAGAGAAUUUUCAUUUGCUGUGAAUGAUUAUAAAAAAUUUCUUCUCACUCACACAACAAGAAAUAUUCUAUUUUAUAAUCAAUUAAUUGCAAAUGAAGAAAUUAAUAAACAAUAUAAUACACAAUCUCUAUUGGAUGAAUUAUUUAAUUUAGAUGAACAAUUUUUGAAAUUGUCUGUAGAAAAAAAUUUUACUUUUCUAUAUGAAUCUUUAAUAUCAAGAAUUGAAAAUUAUGAUAAAAAUGAAACAAAUGAUGCACUCAAUUUUGCCAAAGCAAUUCUUCAAAAUAAUAUCAAAAAUUUAUAUCAACAACAAAUUAAUUUAACACAAUAUUUAAAUAUUCUCGAAGGGAAUUUAAAUAAAAUUCCUAAUAAAUUUUUAAUUGACAAUCAAUUUAAUAGGGAACAAUUAAAAAUGAAAAUUGAAGAAACUUAUAAAUUUAUUAAAAUUGAUAUUAAAUCUGAAAUGUUAAAUAUAAGAAAUAUAAUACAAAAAUUGGCUUAUGAAUUAAUUUUAAAUAAAAAUUCACUAAUUAUAAACGAUACAUCGAUAAUAAAUAAAGCAUUUUUUCUAUUGGGAAUAAUGGAAAAUGUAGCAACUGUAACAAUAGCAUUAAGUUCAUAUGCUUUAAUUGCAAUAACAUCAAUUACUAAAUCAAAGGAAAUGUUAGUGAAAAAAUUGAAAAAUAAUUUUCAAAUUGCAUUUGCAAUUGAAGAAAAUUAUAAAUUAAAUCAUUUACAUCUUGUUUUAACAAAAAAUAUAAAAAAAAAUUAUACAUUGCCAAUAUAUGAAAAUCAAUUAUUUAUGAAUGUACAAUUCGCCAAUCUGCCAUUAGUCAACAGUAAACUGGGCACUUUACCAUUAGGAGCGAUAGUGAAUUGGCCAAUUUUCUUUUCGAGUCCAAGUCUGGAUAUAAGUAUUAAACGACACAAUCCACUUUAA